UUCCUCCUCCUCGAUUUCAUUUUCUUUGCUCCCGCCCCGGCUCUUCCCACCUGCCACGUACGGACGGGCCCGCGGCCUCUCGCUAGGCUCGUCGGGUGUGUGCGAUUGGCCAGGCCUGCUCAGCUCCCAGCUCGGCGAGGCCUCGGCGGCGGGCGGCCCAGCGAGCGGUGGCCGAAGCCUCCGCUGCUGCAACACUGCGGAGCCCGCGGCGGCGGCGGCGGCGGCGGCCUCGGCAAGCGGCGGCGGCGGCGGAGACAGCGGCCUCGGCCAGCGGAUUUUUUCCUAGAGUUGUAUAUAUAGAGCAUCCUGGAGUCCACCAUGAACGGACAGUUGGACCUAAGUGGGAAGCUAAUUAUCAAAGCUCAACUUGGGGAAGAUAUCCGCCGAAUUCCCAUUCAUAAUGAAGAUAUUACUUACGAUGAAUUAGUGCUAAUGAUGCAGAGAGUAUUCAGAGGAAAACUUCUGAGUAAUGAUGAAGUUACAAUAAAGUAUAAGGAUGAAGAUGGAGAUCUUAUAACAAUUUUUGAUAGUUCUGACCUUUCCUUUGCAAUUCAGUGUAGUAGAAUACUGAAACUGACAUUAUUUGUUAAUGGCCAACCAAGACCCCUUGAAUCAAGUCAGGUGAAAUAUCUUCGUCGAGAACUGAUAGAACUUCGAAAUAAAGUGAAUCGCUUAUUGGAUAGCUUAGAGCCGCCUGGAGAACCAGGACCUUCCACCAGUAUUCCUGAAAACGACACUGCGGGUGGUGGGGAAGAGAAGCCUGCCGCUUCUGAUUCUUCUGGAAAACAGUCUACUCAGGUUACGGCAGCAAGUAUGUCAGCUUUUGAUCCUCUGAAAAACCAGGAUGAAAUCAACAAAAAUGUCAUGUCAGCAUUUGGAUUAACAGAUGACCAGGUUUCAGGGCCACCCAGUGCUCCUGCAGAAGACCGCUCAGGAACCCCUGACAGUAUCGCUUCUUCCUCCUCAGCAGCACACCCAGCAGCAGUUCAGCCACAGCAACCUCCGUACACAGGAGCUCAGACACAAGCAGGUCAGAUUGAAGGUCAGAUGUACCAACAAUACCAGCAGCAGGCUGGCUACGGGGCGCAGCAGCCUCAAGCUCCUCAGCAGUACGGUAUUCAGUAUUCAGGAUUCCAGUCAAUGGAGAGUUUUCAUUGCAAGUAGCUGCAGCUAGUUACAGCCAGCAGACUGGACCCCAACAACCUCAGCAGUUCCAGGGAUAUGGCCAACAACCAACUUCCCAGGCACCGGCCACUGCCUUUUCUGCUCAGCCACAGCAACUGCCUGCUCAACCACCACAGCAGUACCAGGCGAGCACUUACCCUCCACAAACUUACACUACCCAGACAUCUCAACCUGCUAACUACACCGUUCCCCCUGGUGCUCAGCCUGGGAUGGCUCCAAGCCAACCUGGUGCUUACCAACCAAGACCAGGUUUUACGCCAUCUCCUGCAAAUACCAUGACUCCUCCUUCCAGCGGGCCUAACCCUUAUGCACGUAACCGUCCUCCUUUUGGUCAGGGCUAUACCCAACCUGGACCUGGUUAUCGGUAAGGAGGUUCAGCCUCACUAAUGAUGGCUAAUUACCCCCAAAAGACUACAAUACUAUUUUGUUUCAAUUUGUACUGUAUUGAAGUUCAAAAAUUUAAAAAGCAGAGCAUUUUUUAUGAUAUCAUUGUUGCUGUUAAUUGAAAAUAUAAUUUGCUGGAAUAUAAACACAAAAAGACCAAAAUGAACAUUGUUUCCUUCCCUGCUUAAAAUUGUAGCAGCUUCCUAGUUAUUUUGGAAAACUACUCUUGCGUGUAAAAUGAUUGGCUUUCUAGUUCCCAGAGGAUCUUAAAAAGCUAGGCUAAGGUUUAGCCAUCACACUUGGCUAUUUACUAUUAACAUGAUGUACUAAAAAUAGAGUCCUUUGAGAAAAUGACUAGACAUUAUGUAUAAAGUGUAACAGUGAUAGGCUAAUAAAGGUGAUUGAAUCCAA